ACAAAAAAAAAGCAUUUGGAAGCUCUGCAGACGAUCGAUUUCUCCCAGAAGGAACUCCUUGAGUACAUGACCGAUCUUGCUCAAGACAUGCUCACUGAGAGAGUGAUGAAAUGGAGACAUGUUACAGGCUUCAUAGUAUUUGGGUCAGCUGUAGCCAAGCACCUAAAGCAAGUCCACCUGGAGCAUUGCAUCCUGCCCUUGGCAGACCACAUUUCUGCCUUACUGCUUAAACAUUGUAAGGAUUGGAUUGUGAAAAAUAGAGCUUGGGAAGGCUUUGCAGACUUCUAUCACUUUGUAGUCCGUGAACCAGAAACUUGGCAGUUCCGAAUCACCUUUUUAGGAUUGGCAUUCCUAACAGCUGGCCUUGUUUGUUUUUUUGAGUUAAUGUGAAAUUUGAAUAAGCAACUGCAGCAUUUCAUUUAUUUUUUUCAUACUUUUGAGUUUUGUUAAUAAACUGAUAAACUGACUGUUUCUCAA